AUGUCUGCAGUCCUUCGUACCGUUGUUCGCUACCCGUUGACUGCGUUCGCGGGUCGUGCUGGUGCUCAACGUUUUCUAUGGAUAAAGGUUCAUGAUGGUCAGGACCCAAGUCGUAUUGCUAGUCGUAUGCAAACGAUCUUGGCUGAGGAUGGUUCACUAAAAACCCUGGCACUUAAGCGAUUUCAUGAAAAGAAAUGGCAGAAACGUAAACGUAAAGCUGAAGAACAAAAUAUCCGACGUGCUAAUCGACGCGUUGGUUCUAUGAUUGAUUUUAUCCUUCGUCGCAAGCAAUCGGGUCAUUAA